AUGCCUCGUGCCAAGCGCUCCAUCGAGGAGAUGGCAAACAAGUCGGACUCGGAUGACGACGAUUACAGUGAUCAUCCGCUGCGAUCGGCUCGACGCUCCGUUUCCCGGUCGAAGUCGAAGAAGAAAUCCAAACCUGCGAAGAAGCGAGCUCGUCGCGGCUCGGAUGACGAUAUCCUCUCUGAUGACGACGACAUUUUCAGCGAAGACGAAGUCUCCUUUAAGGAAACGGACGAGGAAGAGGAUGAUGCAAAUGCUCAACGAAAUGCCAGAGGUCUAGUCGCUAGACGAGCUGCCACGAACCGACCGGUCUACAACGAAGGCGAUACUAGCAGCAUCGAAGAUGAUACUCAGGAUGAUGAUGAAGUCGAUGCCCCGACUAACCCGAAGAAGCGCAGAAGUACUGUUGUCAAGCUGAAGGUUGGCAACGCACUCAAACGACAAGCGCAGGCGCCCUUGGAAAAUUUCCAGGGAACUCGCCGGGUAACAAGACGUACGCGGGACCCAUCGGAGGACAUCUAUGCCUUGACCAACUCCGGCCGUCAUAUGGAAACCAUCGAGCGUGGAACUCACAGCCCGGAAAUGGAAAGUCGGCUUCGACGAGGUUCUCGGGCCUCAAAAUGCGUACCCGUGCUGGAGGAGGAAGAACAGGGCGAUUUUCAACCGAAGCAGGAGGAAGAAGAGGUAAUUGAUGAGACGACUACCGAAAUAAAAGGCUCGCAGAUUGAGAUCUUGGAGAGUGAUGUUCAGAUCAGUUUUGAGGGAGCCGUACCAAACCCUACACAAGGCAACGACGAUGCGGAAGGCGAGGAUGAAGGUUUCGUGCCUGAAUCGGAGAACGGAGAUGCAAAGGCAGGCAUUGAAGAUGGUGAUGGAAAUGACGACGAUGAUGACGAAGGUCCAAUCACGAGGAGGAGACUGAGGCCAAAUCGGGGUCCACCGGCGGAAGAAGAAACCGAACAGCCCCAAGAAAAUCAGGAGGAGCCACGUCGAUCUAGUCGCAAGAAGCCAAACAACUAUCAACGCAAGCGCCGAGAAGAAGAAAGUGAUUUUGAACCUGAGGAAGACUCGAAUGACGACGAUGAGAUUUCCCAUUCUGGCAAGUCGAAUGCUUCUCCGCGCAAAGCCAGCCAAGCCCGCGAUGAUGACGAUGACUACAGCACUACUGGUCGUCGUCCUGGCCUGCGCAAAAGGGCGUCUCGAUCACGUGGUCAAUCGGAGGUAAGAGUUGAUAUCGCCGAGGAGCUGGCCGAGGAAUUGGAGGACUUACGAGGAAGUCGUUCUCGGCGUCGAGUACAGCCGGAGAUAGUCUACGAGAAACCUCGACGCAGUCGGAAAGAUGUCGACUACCGUAUCAUCCGCCCGGAUCUCAUCUUGCCCAUUGAAGAGGCCGAGAACGAGGUCAACGAAUCCCCUUCGCGUCGUGGCCGAGGAGGAGGUGCCAGCAGUUGGCAGCGUACACUAUUCCCCACUUACGGGCCUUUCGGAGGUGGGGGGCCAUCUGCAAUCCUGGGUCCUCCCGGGGCACCUGCUGCAACGGGGGGCGUGGACAGCGAUAGCAGUGACGAUGAAGUCAUGCAGCAUCCAAAACCUGGGAUCAGUGGUUCGUUCUCAGUACCUGGGCUUCUCGGAGCUGGUCCUGUUGGUCAAACUCAUGGCAACGACGCGGCGCAGGGCCUUUCAGGCACGCCUGCAAACCUCGGAAAAGUCAAAGAUAAACAGACUCUGGCCGAUGCAGAUCCUCUGGGCGUGGAUAUGCACGUCAACUUCGAUAGUGUGGGAGGCCUACAAGGACACAUUGACCAAUUGAAAGAGAUGGUGUCUCUGCCCCUAUUGUAUCCGGAGAUCUUUCAGCGUUUCCAUAUUGUGCCACCUCGUGGUGUCCUUUUUCAUGGACCGCCUGGCACAGGUAAAACCUUACUGGCAAGAGCUCUCGCUAAUAGCGUCAGCUCCAAUGGCCGCAAGGUCACUUUUUAUAUGAGGAAGGGAGCCGAUGCUUUAAGCAAAUGGGUGGGCGAGGCAGAGCGCCAGCUUCGGCUUCUCUUUGAGGAGGCUCGCAAGACACAACCCAGUAUCAUCUUCUUCGAUGAAAUUGAUGGUCUCGCACCUGUUAGGUCCAGUAAGCAGGAACAAAUCCAUGCCUCAAUUGUUUCUACACUGCUGGCGUUAAUGGAUGGCAUGGAUGGUCGUGGUCAAGUGAUUGUUAUCGGAGCAACGAAUCGUCCGGACUCUAUCGAUCCUGCGCUUCGCCGUCCGGGUCGAUUCGAUCGCGAAUUCUACUUUCCCUUGCCUAAUAAAGAAGGACGCCGCUCCAUCCUGGAUAUUCACACAAAAGGCUGGGAACCACCGCUUCCCGCGGACAUCAAGGACGAGCUUGCAGAGAUCACCAAGGGCUACGGAGGUGCUGAUCUACGAGCCCUUUGCACAGAAGCCGCUCUAAAUGCAGUGCAGAGACGGUACCCUCAGAUUUACAAGUCCAACCAGAAGCUUGUCAUUGACCCAAAAGCUAUUGAUGUCACACCGAAAGAUUUCAUGUUGGCUAUUAAAAAAAUGGUACCCUCAUCGGAGCGAUCAACAUCCUCGGGCGCAUCACCUCUGCCCAAGGCUGUUGAGCCUCUACUCCGUGCGCCACUUGCUGAAAUUGAGAGCUUAGUGUCUGAGAUCUUGCCGCAGAGGAAGCGGCUCACUGCGUUGGAAGAGGCCCAAUUCGAGGAGCCCGCUGGAGGUGGCUUCCAGCGCGAACAAAUGCAGCAGGAAUUCGAUCGGUCGCGGGUAUUCAGGCCUAGACUACUGCUUCGCGGUCCGCUGGGCAUGGGCCAGCAAUACUUGGCAGGAGCUCUGCUGCACCAUUUCGAAGGUCUUCAUGUCCAGGCGUUUGACCUUCCAACGCUUCUCAGCGAUUCCACUCGGUCUCCCGAGGCUGCCAUUAUACAACUAUUCGCCGAAGUGAAGAGACAUAAGCCGAGUGUGAUCUACAUUCCGAACAUUCACGUUUGGUCUGAGACUGUUGGACAAGCUGUAAUUGCCACUUUCUUGGGGCUUCUUCGUUCAGUUCCACCCACCGAUCCUGUGUUGCUGUUAGGCGUUCAAGAGUCGAGUGGCGACGAAUUGGACAAUGGACUGAUGAGAAACCUAUUCGGAUUCUCCAAGAAGAAUUUCUUUGACAUCAGGGCGCCGGGCAAUGAAGCCCGUUAUGAGUACUUCACCAAGGUUAUUGAAUACAUCAAAACGUCUCCGGCGCACUUUCCCGACCCUGAGAACCGCAAGCGUCGGGAGCUUGAGACGUUAGAGAUCGCGCCUCCGCCUCCGCCUAAGGCUAUCACGCCGCCAAGCAAGGAGCAGCUCAAGGCUCAGAAGAAGAAAGACUAUCAGACCCUUAAUCUCCUGAAGAUCCGGAUCCAGCCCAUCAUGGAUCAGAUAAAAAAAUAUAAGAGAUUCAGGACGGGAGUGAUUGACGAGUCCCAAAUCCGAUACCUCUGGGAGGAAGAAAAUCCGAAUAUCGUUACCAGUGAUCUACCAAUUGAACAACGGACUACCUUCCGGCCGUUCGAGAAGGCCUUCGACAAGCAUGGUGUCCCCGGACUCCGCGAAACAGUAUCAGGCAAAUUCUUCUACAACCUGGAGAUCGUUACCAUCGAGAAACGUCUCUCCAAUGGUUACUACAAACGGCCAAAGGACUUCUUGGCGGACAUCAAACGGUUGGCGAAGGAUGCGCGGCAAUUAGGUGAACAGGAGAGGCUACUCAGAGCUAAUGAGCUCUUGUCCAAUGUCGAGGUUGAUAUUGCCACCAUUGAGCAGGCUGAACCCGCCCUUGUUGCGGAAUGCGAGGGCGUCUAUGUCCGGGAACUGGAGAGGGAAAAGAUUGCGUUGGAAAGAGCCCGAAAGGCAGCAGAAGAAGAGGAAAGAGGCUUCAUCGGACGGCUAGCGGCUAAUCUGAUUCCACACGGAAACACUGAUUCUGGUCCAUCAAGUGGCCCCGUUGUUCUCGGUGAAUCGUUCCCUGACCUCGGCCCCAAAGAGAUGGAAAGGCCGGUAACGCCUACACAGCCAUCAACAGUAAGCUUUACGAACGGGUUUCACCACGGUGGUGGCUCAGAUCUGAAUGAUCUGAGUACCCAAGCAGUCACAAGUAACGGCUCCCAUGACUAUCAGGCGGAUGGCGAUGGGGACACAUAUAUGACGACCUCUGAUCAAUCGGCCGGUCGCGAAACGCAGACUAGCUCAUUCGGACCCUCUGCACAGCCCAAACCACCAUACUCCCAUACAGCACCUUCACAGCAAAUCCGGCGUGAAUCUGGUAUCUCCAGCUUCUCUCAAAAAGGGCCCGUCACCCCGCUGGCGCCUGGGUCACAGCCCCAUGACUACACGAAUGAGGCUUCUACCACGCAGACGACGUCUGAUAAGAAGUCAUCAGAGCAGUCUUCUGUCCCGCAACACCACUUACAGAGUCCUGUGACUGCUCAAGGAAUGCGACAUGAGUUUCCGGACCUCACACAAUAUCCGGACCGUGUGUCCCAGGAAGAGCAUCUGCCAGAUACGCAACAAGGUGACAGUAGUCAGCCCUCACCACGCCUUCAAGCUGGUUACCCCGACUUGGUACAUAUUGACAAUGGAGGGCCAUCCCAGCAGCGGGCCCAGCCCCCAGUUCCCCUCUUCGAGAAUGGAGGCAAAAGUUCCGGUCAUGUGCCGGUAAACCUACAAUCCUUGCUAAACAAUGAAGACCUUUCACCUAAAUUAAUUCUGGAUUACGAGUAUGUCCAGAAUCUACACGAUCAGCUCGCCCAGCGGACAAGCGGCUGCAGCGUGGAGCAGCUGGAACAAAUCAACACGAGUCUGAUGGACUAUCUCUGGCAAACGCGGGGAGAAUGGAAUCGCAGCCGAGUAGCUGCUGGCAUCCGCGACACAUUCAACGAUGUCUUGGAAGAUAUGUUGGCUAUGCAAGAGAUUGGACCUAUCAGUCAGAAGACGAAAGAACUGUUGGGUGAGUCGGCAUAUCACUCGUAG